AUGAAGCUCUUGGUCCUGCUGCUUUGCAGCCUCCUGGUGUGGAGGGUGGGUGAGACGAGGUCGGAUGCUCCAGAAAAGUUGUCCCCGCUGGCUCCGGGAGCUCUCAGCACGAAGGAGACCUUCCUGGUGCUCUCACUGCACAACAAGUUGAGGAGCAAAGUGCAGCCUCCUGCUGCCAACAUGCAGAAGCUGGUGAGCCCCCUUGAAGGUCCAGUGUCCCCCACCUUCCACCCCAUGUCCAGGGAGGAGGACAGCCCAUGUGGAGUAGUGCAGCAGUUUGCUAACUCUCUAAUGAAGCAAAAGGGGUGUGGCUUUCCUGGGUGGGUGGGGCAUCUUCCUCCAGCUGCCUGUGGGGCCAGGGGCAACUGGGAGGUGGCCGGGAUGCCCAUCCUGCCCUACAAGCAGGGACCCUGGUGCUCCCUCUGCACCGCUGGCCUCUCCGGCUGCUUCAAGUCCUGGGACCACAGCGGCGGGCUCUGCGAGGUGCCCAGGAACCCCUGUCGCAUGAGCUGCAGGAACAGUGGGCACCUGGACAUGAGCAGCUGCCAGUGCACCUGUCCCCCCGGCUACACGGGCAGGUACUGCCAAGUGAGGUGCAGCGGGCAGUGCCUCCACGGAAGGUUCAGGAAGGAGGAGUGCUCCUGCCUCUGCGACGCGGGCUACGGUGGAGCUGAGUGCGGCACAAAGAUACAUUUCCCCUUCCAUGCCUGUGACGUGCGGAUAGACAGCGACUGCUUCAUGGUGUCCCCUGAAGCCGACACCUACUAUGGAGCCAAAAUUAAAUGCCAGGAGAAAGGAGCGAUGCUGGCCCAGAUAAGAAGCCAGAAGGUUCAGGACAUCCUGGCUUUCUACCUCAGCCGCUUGGAGAUGGGUAACAGGGUGACAGACACUGAUUUUGAGACUGGAAACUUCUGGAUUGGUCUCACCUACAAGACAUCCAAGUCUUCCUUCCGCUGGGAUGUGGGUGAGCCAUCCUCGUUCACCAGCUUUGCUUUUGGGCAGCCAGACAACCAGGGGUUUGGGAACUGUGUGGAGAUGCAAGCAUCAGCUGCCUUCAACUGGAACGACCAGCGCUGCAAGACCCGAAACCGGUACAUCUGCCAGUUCGCCCAGGAACACAUCGCCCUGUGGCAGCGCGACCCCUGAGCUGGUAGCCCUGGAAACUGGCCAGUGCUGGCUGCUGUGCUGAACCUGUGGCUCAGGAGAACCCUGGUGCUGUGCCAAGCCCGGACCAUGGCUCAGGAGGAUCUCUCCACAGCUCACUUGUGCAGGGAAUGAGGGGCUGAGGGGACCCGUGGCACUGUGACCUGGCAAGAAGGGGUGUGCUGUACAUGACCAUCCCUGAAACAACAUCUUCUUCUGCCCCUCAUCUUCCUCUGUCACUAUCACUCUGCAACACUCUGGGCAGGAGAUGUCCCUUGCAACAGCCAGGUACAAAAGCAUCCUCCUCCAAAAUUGGCAGCUGGGCUGUGUCUGGAUGGCAAUCUCAGUGUGAUGAGGGGCCACGGGGGCUCUUUGGGGGUGCAGACCUUGGCACAGCUCAGGGUGAGGACUGGGCUCGGCUCUGAGCCAUCGUCCUGACCUGGGUGAGAAUGCCCCAGCCUGGUGGGUUUCUCACCAUCACCUGGUCCUUCAUCACCUGCCCGCUCAUUAAUAAAGACCCUCUUCCCUUGGGAAGA